CUUGUUUUAUUUAAAAUUUUGCAGCUCCUUUCUAAUGAUUGUAAAACUGGGAACACUCUUGAGAUAUAAAACGGUCGUAAGAAAAUUCUGUUCAGCAAUGGAUCCAUUCAAAGUGUCAUCAGAACUCAGUGCUGCGGGGGUCCCGUUGGAUAAAGUCGUAUCUGCACUUGAAACAUUUGCUCCUAAAGAACUAGCUGAGAGUUGGGAUAACACAGGACUGCUAGUAGAACCAUAUACACCGAGGAAUGUGUCAAAAAUAUUACUCACAAAUGACUUAACAGAAGAUGUAGCUCUUGAAGCAGAUAGUAAUGGUUGUGAAAUGAUCGUAUCCUAUCAUCCACCUAUAUUUGCUCCUUUGAAGUCAGUAGUCCAGAGGUCUUGGAAAGAGCGUGUAGUUGCGCUUUUGUUAGAAAAGCGUAUAUCUCUUUAUUCUCCCCAUACUAGCUGGGAUUGCGUAAGGGGAGGAGUGAAUGAUUGGUUAUCUUCGGCUUUUGCUUUUGACGAGUCUACACCUAUCACACCAGGGGCAGAUCCCAAUACAGGGGCUGGAAGAAUCCUAAAUCUUAUAAGUGAGAUUCCUUUGUCGGAUAUAGUUUCGAGAGUAAAGCUUCUUACUGGCCUUAGUCACGUUCGUCUCGCGAUUGCCAAAGAGAAAGUAAUGCAUGAUAAAGUAAAGAAGGUAGCCCUGUGUGCUGGUUCUGGAGGAUCGGUCCUGAAAGGCGUUGCGGCUGAUGUGUAUUUAACAGGCGAAAUGCUCCAUCAUGAUGUUUUAGAUGCGACCCAAAAAGGCAUAUCUGUUAUUUUGACAAAUCAUUCCGAUUCUGAAAGAGGUUUUUUAAAGUCAUUUUCUACCAACCUUGAAAAUAGACUACAGAACCAAGUGCAAGUUAUUGUGAGUAAAGUCGAUAAAGAUCCAUUAAUUACUGUGUGAAUCAUUUAGUUGUGUUCAUAUAAGAAAUAAAAAACAUAAGGCAAUUCAUAAAUA